AUGGAUCUCAAUAAUUUUUCAUCAUCAUAUUAUUACACUCAGGAAGCCAUGCAACAAGCCAAUAUCACACAGCAUUGGGUCAUCGAUGGCUUAAUUAAGUCGGUGACCGCGGCACUUACCCCAACCCAAGUGGCAUUGAUUGCCGAUCUGGCGAACGCGUUGUCGAAGAUUAGAUCGUCAUCGGAAACGAGACUUUCGAGCAGCACCGAAAGCGAUGACGAUUAUGUUGGUGAAAAUUCGCGAGUUAAUAACAGUCAGGGUUUUGGUAGUAGGACGUUUGAUAAUUUCGGUUAUAAAAAUCAGUCACCAGUUGAAGGAUCAAACUAUCGUCGAAUGUCACAACAAUUGCAGGAUGAUAAUUUUUAUCGCAUGGACAACCAUGUUUUCCAAAAUUCCAACACCUCAACAAACGCAUCAUAUCCGUACAAAUCAUCAUCUCGUCCUUAUUAUAGGUCGUCAAUUCCCAACCAGACUCCUACGGCAACCACUCCAACUGCGGCUGCGUCCACGGGGUCUUCCACACCCAUUAUUAAUUUUAAGCUUGACGUCUCGAUGGUUGAAUUAUUCUUCUUAUAUCAAGAUCCGCCACCCAAUCUCGUUCUCGAUCAUCAGUUUUUCUUUAACAGGACAAAAGAAAACAUCAACGUGGAUCAUCUGAAAAUUGAUGUUCACAAAUUAAUGUGUCGGAUUCAAAAGUGGGAACCCGAUUCUUUGGUAGAGAUUCGAAGGAGAAGCAGCAGUUCUUCAACCGGUAGUUAUUCAUCGACACACCAAAAAAAUUCGGAGGCAGACGAGUCACUGCGCGUAAUAAUGGAUCUCACAGUUUCAGAUUUUGCGAUUUUGGAAUGGCUAAAGGAUCCUUCAACGGAUACUAAGUCAAAGAUGGGAUUUUCAAAGCCUGGCUAUACACUUCCCUCAUUUGAUUCAUAUACGCAACUUUUAGGAUUUGACCCUGGUCUAGUGAAUUCUUAUGAUCUCGACGAAUCUGAUUUUCCAGUUAUCAAAAACACGGACAAAAAUCAAGGAUCUCGGGCUAGUAGUUUUAGAAGGAUUGGGAAAUAUGGUCCGAGACGCAGUUAUAAUGGAAACGAGAUGGUUAAAGAUGUAAUUAGAAUUAAAUUGGAGAUUGGAAGUGUCGCGAAUGAAGUUGAUCGAUUGGAGAGGUAUAUGAACAUUUUUUCGAUGGAAGCAAAUGAAAAAGAUUCUUUCUCGGAAGAGAAUACAACGAAACAAUCCUAUAACGGGCAAGAAUCCAGUCAACUUAUAAUCGACGACCUUGAUACACAGAGAUUACACGAGAAUACUGCCUUACAGAAAUUUCGGCUUAGAAUCAAUUGUGAUAUAAUUCGGCUUUGGAUUCAUUGCCCGGAUAUGAGCAACGCACAAAAUAUAAUGGAUAAGUACAGCAUACAUUCCAGUUUGCUAAUCGCCGACCUUAUACAUAUACACGUGGCAGUUGGCGACAUAUCUCAGAAUGAAUCCUCACGUUCAGCAAACUUCGGCGUACAGCAACAUGAAUCCUAUACAAACGAUCUCGACUUGCAACAAAACAAAAUCAGGGUUGAAUGUGGUGGAAUAAACGUUUUUGUGAAAGAAUCCAAUGGUGAGGAACGUGCUAACUGGCCUGCAGAAAACGAAGAGGAGGAAAUUUUGAUGUUUAAACAACGAACCAUUGAAAGCUCAUUGUUCGUGAUACAUUGCAAUCUUCCUCUCAUUCGAGCUCGAAUGACCAAAUCUUCAUUUGACACGCUUCAAAUACUUUUGAAUGACCUGUCGAUUUGGCAACCUAAACGCAACUCCGCCGCAAGUGAAAAUUUUGCUCCACCACCGCCACCUAUUAACUAUUCCCGCGGAUACACGAAUAAGGCUCACCAAGAUACACUCUAUGGAUUGAAUUACUCGGAAUUGAUCAAUAGUCGCGUGCUUCCUCUACGACCGAGUCUGGCUUCUGUGGUCAUAGCAAUGAUCAGCGUUGAAUUCGUAAUACUAUGCGAGAAUGAGAAAGAGGAUGGCCAGGCGCAAUACGUUCAUUCAUAUCAACUUCACAUGCAAGAUUUUAGAUUUUUUGCCGUGGUCAAGCAUGAAGGCAUCGACGACACAUAUAUGAUUCUGGACAACGACCAAUUCAGCUUCUCGGACGUGUCUGGUCGUGAGAAGUUACCAAUUUUGUGUCGUACUUUAAGCAAGAGCAUUAAGGCAAAGAACAAUCGUCCCAUGCUUUCUGUGAUCAUGCAUAUUUCACUUGACGCCGAUUUAAAUAUGAAGGAGACCAAUUUAGCAUUGUCGGUCAAUGGGGUUUCUUUGAAGUAUUCUCAAGAUCCACAAUGGAUUGAAGAUGUACUCGGGUUUCUGAGAGAGCCAGACAUGAAUUCAUACUUGGAUCUUCCCGCUCAAUUCACAAAAUUAUUUGUCACCGUCAACGAUUCUUCUAUUGACUUCAAGCCCGAUGAGUUUAACGGACGCGUUGUAGCCGUAUUCGAUAGCCUGAAGGCAUCAAGCAACAUAAUACCCGAUUCACCGAUGUUUGCCGCUAAACUGAUUGUUCAAAAUUUGGAUUUGAUGUUGAUCGAUGACAUCAAAACACUAAAUGACCGUGUAACAAAUCGAUCAAAUUCAGUGCCUUUAAGUGUCAAAAAGUAUUGGAAGUCAGUGGGUCUUGUGAAGGCGGCUGCUAUAGAUUUUGCCGAGAUAAAUCUUCGUGCUAAUAAGGGAGAUAUAUAUCCGCACCUCGAGCUUGAGCUCACCAACGAGAAACUCACUAUUGAGACGUGUGCGGAUACCUUUCAAACGAUCAUUAAUCUAAUUAACCAAUUGACACCUAAAACCGAACAUCCUGACAGCGGAGCGGGAAAACGAGUUCCUCAUAUAACGACCGUUGGUAAAAACCUUUCGGAAGAAGAUCUUGUAGAAACAGUAUAUCCAGAUAUGCUAGCGAGUUUGGAUGAAGAAGCAUUUGUGCGACCACGAUCAGAAAAAUCGAAAUCAAAGGUUUCGAGUGGAAUUCCAAAUUCUAAUUUAGAAUUCGUGGAGGAAUUUUUUUCCCUCGAGAAUGGCAAAAAUGUGGCGCAUGAUUCGGACAGUUGCUUCUUUGAACAUGCUGUAGUUGAUGAUUUUAAUGAUGAGGAUUUUAUGGAAGAGCAGCAAUUGUAUGCCGUUCCGACUCCCAGUGUGACACAAAAAAAUAUUAAGAUAUCUGAAGUUGUAUCUCGCGAUGACACAUUCUAUGAUGGAUAUGACUGGGAACGCACUAGAAAUGAAGUAUUCACUUCUUUAGCCUACUCAAAAGUCCAAUCCAAAACCUUGGCGAACUCUACCACCGGUUCCGCGGGACCCUCAAAUGAUCUGAAUGUCCCAUCGGACACAGAGGCCACCAAUCAGUUUGAACGUUUAUUAUUCAUAGGAUCCCCGUUUAGAAACCCAGAUUAUGACGGAUCAUCUCAACCAACAUCCGAAAGCGAUUAUCUAGGCGAUGAUCAGAGUGAUACGGCCAGUCAAGUUAGUUCACGCGUCGACUCCGAAAAUACUAGCGUUCGAGAUGGGAAACGACCCGAGCAAGGGCGCCGAACUCCUUCGAAGUUAUGUCGUUCAAGGUCGAGCAAGCUUGAGAUUAAGCUUGAAAAGGUGAACCUGGAAUUUGACAUGUUCCCCAAGGAUAAUUUGAUUGCAUUUCGAUUGUUGCUGCUCAUUCGAGAUUUAGAAAUACUCGACCACAUCAAAAGUUCCGCAUGGCGCAAAUUCCUAACACACAUGCGUCCGGACAAUGAUACAAACCCUCGCGAAAGCAAAUCCAACAUGAUCAGAGUGGAUUUACAAAGCGUUCGACCUUUGCCGAGCGACCCUGUUGAAGAAUUCCGAUUGAAGGCAAAACUAUUGCCUCUUAGAUUUUACGUUGACCAAGAUGCGCUUAAUUUCAUAAUUGGGUUCUUUUCCUAUCAGGAUCCUAGUGUCAAUUCUCCAAAGACUGAGGAUGAUACAUAUUUCCAACAUUUUGAAAUACAGCCUAUCGUAAUGAAAUUAGACUAUAAGCCAAAACAUCUCGAUUACAGCAAUCUCAAAGAGGGAAAUUUUGUCGAGUUGAUGAACCUCUUUCACCUCGAAGCCGCCGAAAUGACAUUGCGGGGUGUCAAAUUAACGGGGGUCAAAGGCAUAUCUCGUUUGCUAGAAGACUUGGGUGCUGCAUGGUUACCACAUAUAAAAAGUACUCAAAUGCCAAAUGUUAUAUCAGGUGUGGCACCAAUACGUUCUCUGGUCAAUAUUGGUUCGGGAGUUGCUGAUCUUAUAUUACUGCCAAUUGAGCAGUAUAAAAAAGACGGAAGGAUCAUCAGAGGUCUUCAGAAGGGAACUCAGUCCUUUGCUAAAGCAACCACAAUGGAAGCAAUCAAAUUUGGUACUAAGCUUGCCGUUGGGACUCAAACCUUACUUGAGCAUGCCGAAGAGAUCCUUUCUGUGAAUGGCGAUGACAGCAAUCUCUCCGCUGCGGGCGAUGAAGAGGGGUUCGAGAGUGAAGAGGACAAUGGCAAAGAAUCAAUUAGUAAAUAUGCCGAUCAACCCGCUGACCUGAAUGAAGCCAUCGAGGUAGCUUAUAAAAGCUUACGCCAGAAUUUUGGCACUGCCGCGCACACAAUCUUUGCAGUACCAAUGAAGGUGUACGAAAAGACGGGAACACAGGGAAGUGUUAAAGCUGUGAUCCGGGCAGUACCUAUUGCUGUUCUGAAACCGAUGAUUGGGGCUUCUGAAGCUGUGUCGAAAGGAUUACUGGGUUUACAAAAUACAAUAGACCCGAAUAAAAAACUACAGAUGGAAGAUAAAUAUAAGAAACGGUAA